UUAUCUUUCUUUUUAGUGUGUACUGUUUUUCAGGUUGACCGUCGUUCACUUCUUAAAAUCUCGCGGGUGUCUAUGGUGAAUUUACGUUUGAAGAAUUGUCAUGGUCACUGUCAACGGCUUUAACGGCGACAAGACGGAUCAAACUCCCUUAACUCCCCGCCCAGGGGAUCGGAUGCCCAUCCAUUCGUGGUUGGCAUCGUCGGCCCUUGCCAGUCAAGCUAUCGGUGGUAUGGGAAAUCUCGGAGGAUCUGGUUUACCCUUCCCAGGAGCACCGUUCGCGCCGACUGCUCCGCUGGAUUUGCCCGCCGUGCGUGAUGAAUAUUUAAGACUUUGGCAAGAAAGUGUGCUAGCACAACAACAUGCUCAACAGCAACACUCUGGGUUGACAACCUCAUUGACGCCCGAAACGUAUCACUUCGUUUCCCGCCUUCUUGCGGCCACUCCUGCAUAUUUCUAUGAACCGUUUGACACUACCCGCACUGGCGGAAAUUUUUUCAGUAAUUUGCUGAAGAACAUGGUUGCGAAGUGGAAAAGUAGUGAAGAAGCCUCCAAUUCAUCCGAAACUUCGGCGGUAAGCUCCGAGAGAGUCAGAAACGAGGUGAAGCAGGAACCAGAGACGAAGCGUCCCCGAAUGGAGCAAGCAGUCUCGUUGCGGCGAGUUGAAGAGUCAACCCCAGACCAUGAUGUCAAACGGACAGAUCCUGAAUCCGCUAGCAAAAAAACUGGUGUUCCAAUUGUGAAGCCGAUUCCCGUGCCUCCGCUGCCGGUGAUGCCACGUUUCCUGCAAACGCCUUCUUUCAAACUCGGCGUUCCUGCGAUGACGUUGUCGGAGCCCGAAAAUUUCAGAAAGCGGAAAGCACAGGCUGAGGAUGCGUCAACGGACGGAGAAAACUCGACUACGAUGUCAGCUUUUCAACCGUUCGCGAAUACUUCCGAAUCUGGGGCGGAAGAUGAGCCGAAGACGAGCAGCGACCAUUCGCCUUCGAAAGUAUUGAAGAAUCUGAAGAACAUUUACAGUGCUGUUCAGGGAUCAUCUCAGUGAAAUGACUUAUUCAAUCCUGCGGAAACUGUUCUAGUCGCACGGCGAGUCAUGAUUUCGAAAAAUUUUCAUCUGGUCAAAUUUGUAAUCGGUGUAUCAUCGCAGUAAUGGCGAGGCAGUAUUUCAACUGAAAGAUCUCAGUCGUAAGACAUGAAUAUGAUCUAUUGUAUUGUAGAAUUUGAAUCGCGUCGAUGGUAUUCAGAACUAGUCAUUUCUGAUUGUGUGUGAGGCUUUCGUGUGUACUAAAUAAAUCUAUGCGUCAUUUGCACAUUUCUGUUCAAAAGCUUUCCGAA